AUGAAGUUCCUCCCUGUUUUUAUGGCAGUGGCUGCCAUUGUUGUUCAGACAGGAUAUAGCUUCCCGUUGGAACUCGAUGAGCGUGGAAAUUGCUGCAGCGGCCAGAGUGGGUAUAAUCAACCCAAGCGAGAUCUUAUGGCCGCUAUCCGACAUGCGAUUCUGGUCAGGACACCUGCACCAGAGCCGGCUCCUGAGCCUGCUCCAGCUCCAGAACCCAGUCCAGGCGAUGAAGAGACCGAUGGAAAUUGCUGCAGCACCCAGAACCAGUAUCCAAAACGUGACGGCGAGGACGAACUCAUGGCAAGGGCUCCUGAGCCUGAGCCGGAGCCUGAACCUGAGCCGAGUCCAGGCGAGGACGAGACGGAUGGGAACUGUUGCAGCACCCAAAACCAGUACCCGAAGCGUGACGGUGAGGAUGAGCUGAUGGCAAGAGCUCCUGAGCCCGAACCCGAACCCGAACCUGAACCGAGCCCAGGUGGUGAGGAAACCGACGGAAAUUGCUGCAGCAGCCAAUCUGACUAUGACCAGCCGAAACGCGACCUGGGAGCCGUGCUUGGGAUUAGGGAUCCCGAGCCGGAACCGAUGCCAGCCCCAGCGCCGGCCCCAGAGGGUGAAGAAACAGAUGGCGGCGAGGAGACGGAUGGAAAUUGCUGCAGUACUCAGGCCAACUACUACCAACCAAAACGCGACGUGGACGACGAGCUCAUGAUCCGAGAGCCUGAACCAGAACCGAUGCCAGCUCCUGAAAUGGCUGCCGAGCCCGCUGUCGACAUAAUAGUCAGGGAGGCCUCACCGGAACCAGCGCCGGAGCCAGACCCACAGGGCAACUGUUGCAGUGGACAAUCAGACUACAAGCAGCCCAAGAGAAACGUCGAGUUGGAUGCACGAGAUCCCGCUAUGGCCAUCCCAACAAAGAGGUCUGAAGCAGACGCUGACACAUAUGAGGAUGCGUACUAG